AUGGCGAGCACCAAAUCUAAGCGGCGAACCAGGAAUCGCACUCAGCGAUAUACUUCCAAUGUUUUCUCUAUGUUUACGGAUUCACAGAUCAAUGAGUUCAAGGAAGCGUUUUCGAUGAUCGACUCUACCAAGGAUGGAAUUAUCGAUCAGACGGAUUUGGAGGAAAUUUUUCGAUCACUGGGCAAAGAACCAACCGAAGAGUAUCUAAACGAUAUGCUCUCACAGGCGAAGGGACAAAUUAACUUCACCAUGUUUCUAACCCUGUUUGGUGAUAAGAUGACGGGGUGCGAUCCGGAAGAAGCUAUUUUAAACGCGUUUGCUUGCUUUGAUCCAGAAGGAACUGGUGUAAUCGCCGAAGAUCAGUUGCGCGAAUUAAUGACUACUAUGGGCGAUCGAUGGACUCACGAGAAAGUGGACGAGUUGUUCCACGGUGCUCCAAUCUCCGAUGGCAACUUUGAUUACAAAGAAUUCACGCGAAUGAUCAUGCAUGGUCAAGAAGAGGAGGACAAGUAG